GAUUUUGCCAAAGCCGUUGCAGGUCGUCAAGUGUCUUACGCUGCUGUGCUGAGGAUGAAGCCAGACAGCUCCUCUUCCUCACUCAGCCCCAGAAUCCGACCCAGGCACGACUACGGCGGCAGUCCCGAUUGGCCCCCGUUCUCCAGGUACAGCAUGUCUGCGCUCAGCUCCCAGGAGGACUACAGGAGCGAAGAAAAUGAAGAAUUUGGACCAGUGUUCAUUCAGGAGCCUGACGAUGCCAUCUUUGCAUUGGACUCAGAAGACAAGAAAGUGAUGAUGAACUGUGAGGCCCGAGGCAAUCCCAAACCAACUUACAGCUGGCUGAUCAACGGAACAGAUGUGGAUGUGGAGGCUGAUUUCCGCUACAGUUUGAUUGACGGCAACUUGAUCAUUAACAAUGCUAGUGAAACCAUCGAUUACGGGAGGUACCAGUGCAGGGCUGAGAACAGCUUUGGCACGGUACUGAGCCGAGAAGCCCUCCUGCAGUUUGCAUAUCUGGGUGCUUUUAGCAAGAGGACUAGAGGUGGUGUAUCAGUACGGGAGGGCCAGGGAGUGGUGCUUAUGUGCACUCCCCCUCCUCAUUCACCAGAGAUCAUCUACAGUUGGGUGUUUAACGAAUUCCCCUCCUUCGUGGCUGAGGACAGCCGGCGCUUCAUCUCCCAAGAGACGGGAAACCUGUAUAUCUCCAAGGUUCAACCUUCUGACGUAGGCAGCUACAUCUGCCUUGUGAAGAAUAGUGUGACCAACGUCAAGGUCCUGAGCCCUCCCACACCCCUGACACUCAGAACAGAUGGAGUGAUGGGGGAGUACGAACCCAAAAUCGAGGUACACUUCCCACAGACCGUCAUGGCCGCCAAGGGAGUCACAGUGAGGCUGGAAUGCUUUGCCCUUGGGAAUCCAGUCCCAACUAUCACCUGGCGGAAGAUGAAUGGUAACAUACCCAAAAAAGCUCGUCUGCGCAAAUCACAGGCUGUCCUGGAGAUCCCCAAUAUCCAGCUGGAAGAUUCUGGAAGCUAUGAGUGCAAAGCAGAGAAUUCCAGAGGAGGGACUGCCUUCAGAGGGUACCUACAGGUCUACACUUUCCCCCAGUGGGUCAACGUGAUUAAUGACACACAGCUAGACAGCGGGGAGCAGCUCCAUUGGGACUGCCGUGCCACAGGGAAGCCCAGGCCCACCUACCGCUGGCUGCGCGAUGGAGAACCACUCACCCCACAGAAGAGAGUUGAGAUAGUGAAUGGCGAAUUGAUCAUCCACAGAGUACAGCAGGCCGACUCAGGCAUGUACCAGUGCAUCGCUGAGAACAAAUACGGAGCCAUCUAUUCCAGUGCCGAGCUCAAAAUCUUAGCGUCUAAGCCCAUGUUCAGUUCAAACUCGGUGAAGUUCAUUGCGACCAUGGGUAAGGACGUCUCCCUCGAGUGCCGUCCCCGGGCGUCGCCCAAACCCAGAGUCACGUGGAGAAAAGGAGACAAGAGGAUACAGCCCAAUAGGAGGAUUAUGCUGCUCCGCAACAACACCCUGCGAAUAGUGAACUCCAGCCGGGCAGAUGAGGGCACGUACACAUGUAGGGCUGAAAACCUCUUCGGCUCAGCUGAGAUGGCCACUGUGCUGCUGGUGAAAGAGGCCAUGCGGGUGGAGCUGAGCCCCAGCCGGGUGGAGGUGACAGUGGGAGAGAGCGUAGUCCUCAGCUGCAAAGCUACUCAUGACCCCUCACUGGAUGUCAGCUUCCUGUGGCUCCUAAACAACCAGCCGCUGGACUUCCAGCGGGAGGGCAGCCACUUUGAAUACAUACAAACACAGUCCUCCACUGUAGACCUGAUGAUCAGAAGCAUUCUCCUGAAGCAUGCUGGGAAGUAUGGCUGUCAAGUGCAGACCAGUGCAGACACGGUGUAUGCUGAGGCGGAACUGCUCGUUAGAGGUCCCCCAGGGCCACCCGGAGUUGUAAUCGUGGAGGAAAUCACAGACACCACAGCGACGUUGUCAUGGAGUCAUGGCGUGGACAACCAUAGUCCCAUCAGCACUUACAACCUUCAGGCACGCAGCCCCUUCUCGCUGGGCUGGCAGACUGUGAAAACAGACCCAGACCCUGUGACAGGGGACAUGGAGUCUGCCAUGGCCAUAGAACUCAACCCAUGGGUGGAGUACGAGUUCCGGGUGGUGGCCACCAAUGCCAUUGGAACUGGAGACCCCAGUGCACCCUCCAGAGUUGUCCGCACAAAAGAAGCAGUUCCAUCUGUGCCUCCAGCCAAUGUGAGAGGAGGAAAUGGACGCAGACACGAACUGGUCAUAUCAUGGGAGCCAGUCUCUGAGGAGUUUCAGAACGGUGAAGGAUUUGGCUACAUCGUUGCUUUUCGGGCAAACGGGACACGAGGCUGGAAAGAAAAAAUGGUGACGUCGGCUGACUCCACAACCUACAAAUACAGGGAUGAGACGUUUCCUCCCCUCACGCCGUUCGAAGUGAAGGUCGGAGUCUACAACAACAAGGGAGACGGCCCCUUCAGUAAAGAGGUCACGGUCUUCUCUGCAGAGGGAGAGCCACGGGAAGCCCCAACUGAAGUACAAGCAUCUGCUGUGUCUUCUUCAGAGAUCAGAGUUGCAUGGAAACCACCUAACCCUGGCCCAGGACGACCAUGGGGAUAUGAGGUGAGCUAUUGGAAAGACGUGGAACAGGAGGAGUCCGGGAAGAAGAGGAGGACAAAUGGGAAUGAGACUACUAUGCUGUUGUCUGGACUGGAGGGGAGCACAGUUUACCUGAUCACAGUGAAAGGAUUCAACAGCAUCGGUCAGGGUCCAGCCAGCCCUGCCAUGAAGGCUGCCACCAGGAAAGCCCCCCCUAGUCAGCCACCGAGCAAUCUGAUGUGGAUUCAGGAGGGGAAUAAUGUAUCCUUAACCUGGGAUCCCGUAAAGGCCAUGGACAAUGAGUCUGACGUCAUUGGGUACAAGGUGUUACUGCAUCAGGACGGACGAGGUCACAGUCAGGUGAUGAGGACGCCUAACUCGUCGGCUGUGCUCACCCUGCCCGAGGGCGGGACCUACAUCAUCGAGGUGCGAGCAGUCAGCGAGGGCGGAGAAGGAGUGGCCAGUUCCCAAGUCAGAGUACUGACCUCUUCAGGAGUCCGAGCAAAGAGUGGGCAAAGCUCAGUACACGGCCUGCCGUGGGGUACAGCGUGGACCAUUCUACUCAUGGCCAAACUGGUGCCUUCUGCCCCAUUGUGA